AUGGUCAAGCUCAGCAUCCUCUCCAUUGCCUCCAUGGCUGCCUUUGCCUCUCUUGGUGCGGCUAAGAACUGCCAAACGCAGUUUGAUUACUGUGCUUCGGCUCUUCUCACCAGAGGCAAUUACGACACCCAGAUCCGGAACGCCGUUGCAGAUGCUCAGGGCGCGUAUCCUGGUGUAACCAGAGACAACGCCCUAUUCGCCUGCCUUGGAGGCUCCAACGGCGAGAUCAAGGUUAUCCAGAAGUGCGGAUACCAGUGCAAGAACGGAGGAGACGGCCAUACCGACAGCUGCUAA